AUGCUCGCAGCUCUUCCGACAGAGGCUCAGAGGCGCAAGGGUGGUCCACACUCUGUUUGCGGGGAGACGGAGGACGGCAAAGCAGCUGAAAACAGCCGGCUAGGAAUCGUGUCAAGGCGCGUGGGCAGUCGAAGCGGAGAGGUGCGAGCGGCUGAGCUGCAGGGCACGGGGUCGCGGACGUUUCCGGCUUCAUCUUUGGAAAGUAACACCAUUCGGAAGGAGCAGGCGAUACGAAUAGCCGGCUCUGCUCUAGACUGGAACGCUCUCUCCAUCGGGUGUCCGAGUUCUGAGGCGAUCCGUGAAACGCGUCGAGAGCGCUGCGAACCUUUGUUUAGGGUCGUUGAACUGUGUGCAACUUGGCGCACCUUUCACGGAUCGGCGUCUCGCAUGAUGUUUCCACAAGUGCUGUCUGUCACUCUGCAAUGCAGUUGUUCUAAGUCCACCAGCGAUGCCAGCAGUUCCAUCGUCGUGGUCAUCAUGUCAGUCCCAGGUGAGCCGAUAGUCCAGCUGCUAAGCCAUCUCGCGGAUCUUUCCACUUCGGCUCGUGCUCGGGUCAUGUCCGCUGCACCCGCCUCCGUUUCAUCGCUGAUCCGGCAGCAUGGCGCCAUGGGGAUUAGACUCGUGCCGCGACGUCGAAGACUUCAAGAAGUACGACAAGCUCACAUAGCACGCAUAUUCGUCGUCUCGCAAGAGGUGUUCGAGCUCUCGAGUGUAGGUCUCAUCCUAAAACUCACGAAAAAGGGAACCCAAAAAAUAAGGACCAAAAAACGGAUAAAAAAAGUUCCCGGCCAGGGAAUCGAACCCUGA